AUGGAGGAAGCCGGUGGUGAAGAACGGCUCAAUAGGCUGCUUGAGAGGCAUGGUCAGGAGGUUGUGGGGUUCCUCAUGUUUGCUAAGGCCAAACUGAGCGAGCGUGCUUACAAGGAACUCGUCAAGGCAGCACGGGAGAUUGUUGAACAAAGUUCAAAUCCUGAAGGUGGAAUCACAGUGCAAAAAUGCGAAGAAAUCCUAUCUCAAGUGUUUGUUGGCCAAACUCGUGUCCUAGAAGGCUUCCGGCACCUCGUCGAAGCGGGUGAUCCCUCCAAGGAUGACCACCCUUUACGGCAUGCACUCUCUUUCAUGGACAAAGUGAAGGAUUCAUCAUCUAUAUCUAAUGAAGAUUACAGAGAUUUUUUGGUCACCUUGUCUGAGUCGAUGACAAAAAAGAUCACUAAUCAAGAGACUUACCUAAAGGUUUUAUGCAUUACUCCAGAUGAAAAUCAUAGUGCAAAUCAUAGCUUGGAUGGUAACGAAGCAACAGGUACUCCGUGCAUCUCUGACUUCUUGCAAACAUCUACAAGAGGUAAUGGAGAAUCACUUCAUGCAGAAGAGAAUGAUGGAGACAAGAUUGAUCCCUUACCAUGCUGGAGUCCGUCAAGAGAAAAUGAACUACCCCCAAAAGUGAACCCGGAUAUGUUCACACGCUUCUCUACUAGCUACUCCCUAUUACCGAAGAAUUGCUUGACUCUAAAAACAAGCUACCGCACUGAGCUGGGACAGUUUGUAUUUAAUGACACGUUGGUUUCUUCUACCUCAGGGAGUGAGGACUGCUUUAAGUUCAGAACUAAAAAUCAUUAUGAAGAAAAUAUUUUCAAAUGUGAAGACGACAUGUUUGAGAGUGACAUGCUUUUGCAACGCUACACAGCAACUGCUGACUUUAUCAGAAAUCUGCAAGUUGACAAAGAUAUGAAAAUUCAAGAGCAUCUAACUUCCUUACAUAGGAGAUGCAUUGAACAAUUAUAUGAUGAACAUGGCCUCGACAUGCUUGAUGCUCUGUUGGAGAAAAUUGAUACCAGUAUAGCUCUUGUUAUUCUACAGUCUCGUUUAAACCAGAAGGUAGAAGAUUUGAAAGAGGCACAGUCAUCUUUGAAUAAAGCAUGCUCAAAUAUUAUUGCCAAUAAUUACUACAGAUCACUUGAUCAUCGCAGCUCCUCCUUCAAACAAUUGGACAAAAGGAGGAUGAGCCCAAAAGCGUUGCUUGCUGAAGCUAGAGAAAUCAACAUGGCAAGGCUGAACAAUGGGUAUAAACAUCUUUCUGCUUGCAACAAUCAAUCAACUUUGAUCUCGGAAAAUGUAUUUAAAGAUAUUAAUCUUCAUAUCCAUAAGGACAUAGACAGGAUGGUUCGUUAUGCAUGCAAAAGUUGUCCUUCUGAACAGAAGCUGAUGAUGAUUUGGACAACAUUAGUUCAGCCAUUUGUUUCUAUUAGUUGUCAAUUACAAGAAUCGAAUGGCACUGUAGCUCCAAAAGAAGCUUGUGAACAUUGUGGUCUCAGCAAAACUUUUCUCAGGAGUAUCCCUGACUCUUCGCUUGCUAAUAUUUUUUCUUUAUCUUCAAAGAGAGGUGGAUAUCUUCUAAAUACGUCCAAUAAGUCUGCUUCUAUACUUGACGCUUGUCAGACUGAGAUUGAGGAUGGUGAGUUCAUACCUGAUGUAGGAAACAUCCAGUUUGGAUCCUUGCUUCGACAUGGGAACGGAGCAGCAAGUUGUGAUGUUGCUGCUCCCAGUGGGGCUGGGUUGAGUUCUCAGUGCCCAGGCCAUAGUAAUUGUGACCACAGUAAUAAAUCUGAAGUGCACUAUGAAUCAAGAGAAGGCUACAACAUUGAAAUGGGCAGUUCAGCAUAUUCCAAAAGAACAGCUGAACUGUAUGAUGUGAAAGGCAGCGUACCUUGUUGUUCUCUGGUUGUGCUCUUAAGGCUUCACCAGAUUUUGUAUGAGAGGCUAGUAGUAGCAAAGAAUCUUUCGGCAGAAGCUUCCAAGAGAGGUUCACACACCAGUGAUUUAUAUGCAGGGUUUAAGGAGGAGCUCUUUAACCUAAUAACGGGCUCUACUAACAGUUCCAACUUUGAGAAGUACUGCCUGACAAUCCUUGGGCCGAGAUCCUAUGUACUUUUUACUCUGAAUGAGGUGAUAGACCGAAUUAUCAAGCAGCUCUGUAAAAUUUGUCCAGCUGCUGACAACUCGAUUCUUCAGACCCAUGAUGAAGUGAGAGGACCGGCCGCAGGCAAAGAUUUAUCUUGCCAUCAAAACACGAGAACUUCUCCAGGUUGUCCAACAAAUGGUUCACUUGAGCAUGAUCAUCAAGAGGAGGGAGAGAAAGGUAGCAAGCGCAAUGGUGAUAUUGUUAAGCCGAUGCAAAACCAUUUUCAGAGAAGGAAAAAGCGCAAGUUGGAGAAACAGUCCAGCUAG